AUGCGGGCGAUAUGGCAAAGCAGCUGUACAAGUCACCGCAGCGUCGUCGAGAAGCCGCGAACGCCAGGGCAAAGGGCUGCCGCCUACGCAGAGGUCGCCAACAAGAAGUGGCUGAAUGCCGGGGGGUUGGAAGCUCGCAUGUUCGACACCAACGAGCUUGCGCAAUCCUUGGGCGUUCCCGUGCUUGAUCUGAUCAACGCCGCGCAGGGCAUCAAGGGAGAGAAUGCGAGUGAUCAACUGGCCGCGCUCGAUGGAUGGAUGGCUCCUCUUGAGGUGAUCGGGGAGUCGCCUCGUCUCGCUUUGGAGACACAUUCCAUUUAG